CCCGAAGCUAUCCUAAAGGCCCAAUGUCCAUCCGCGGCAGGUUUAGUGGUCUUGCGACUUGGUACGACAAAAUUGCAGCUUUUAGUAUUGAAACCAUCUUCGUGAAGGAAAGGUCGCCUGGACCAAGGCGGACGGUGUUUGUCAACGAGAGCCUACCGGAAGACUAUUAUGACAAGAAGAGGCGGAUAAAGAAGGAGCAUGUUUAUACGUCGAACCAGGUCAUCACUUCGAAGUAUAAUGUUCUUACUUUUCUACCGCGGAAUCUGCUUGAGCAGUUCAGACGGGUGGCGAACAUUUUCUUCCUUGGCAUCGCUGUCCUACAAUUUCUCCCCCAGUUCUCCACCGUUUCCUCUGCUCUUGCUAUUUUUCCUCUUCUUAUCGUUCUCGGGAUCACUGCUCUAAAGGAUGCUUCUGAGGACAUUAAACGCCAUCAAUCUGAUAGCCGAGUCAACUUUGGCACUGUCUGCAUUCUCGCUGGAGGCAAUUGGAACAAUCUCAACGUCACCAGCGACAAGAGUCGUGACCUCACGCACUAUAUAAACCGCUACCUUAUCCCUGCAAGGUUCAGAAAAACGAAACCUCCCACUCUACUUGCGGAAAAGGUAGAAGAAGGGGCCGGGGGUAUGGGGUUGGCUCCAGUUUUGCCACCUCCUGAUAUCGAGUUCGAUGACGGCACCGAUCACCCUCACCACCACCACCUCUUCGGCCAUCACUCUCACACCAGUCCUCAUUGGAAGAAGGCGCUUUGGGAAGAUGUUCGUGUUGGUGACUUUGUGAAAAUCUUCGACAACGAGUCUUUACCCGCUGACAUUCUCAUAUGCGCAACGUCCGAGGACGAGAAUUUCGCAUUUGUUGAGACGAAGAACUUAGAUGGAGAAACCAAUCUCAAAUCGCGAAAGGCCGUUCCUACAUUGGCACAUUUAGCGAACGCCAAAGCGUGUGCGAAGAGCAAGUUUACCGUCGAUUUGGACCGUCCGGACAAUAAUAUGUUCCGUUUAAAUUCUACGGUAAAGGCAAAUGGUGAACAGGCUUCGGCAGAUAUUCAGAUGAUGUUGUUGAGAGGAGCGGUGCUGAGGAAUACUGGCUGGGUUAUUGGCCUCGUUCUAUUUACAGGCGAGGACACCAAAAUCGUGCAGAACUCGAGCGGAACGCCUAGCAAGAGGAGCAAGGUAGAAAGGCAAAUGAACGUUCAAGUGUUUAUUAAUUUAAUGAUCCUUGCAUGUAUGGCGAUUGCAUGUGCCAUCGCUGGUUCUACCUUGGAGUAUCAACAGUAUCCUCAAGGCGCGCUGUGGCUCUACGGUGACAGCCAAAGUGUCGAUAAUCCUUCUAUCAACGGUCUCAUCACUUGGGCUUCCGCUCUUAUCACGUUCCAAAACAUCGUACCCAUUUCAUUGUACAUUGCCAUUGAGUUCGUUAGAACAUGGCAAGCCGCCUUCAUAUAUUUCGACUACGAGAUCUGGUACCCAAAGACAAACCAAGCCACUCUCGCUCGGUCAUGGAACUUAUCUGACGAUCUUGGACAAAUCGAGUACAUAUUUUCGGAUAAGACCGGUACUUUGACUCAGAACGCUAUGAUAUUUCGACAGUGUUCGAUCGGCGGUAAAAUGUAUGUUGGCGAUGUCGAGGAAGCACCUCCGGCCGCUAUGUCAGCAGAUGAUCAUGUUGAAGGACCCUCAGCAACUGCUACUGAGCCGACCCCCGCACCCACGAAGGCCGUAGAAACACGCUUCCACUGCGAACCACUCGAGAAGGACAUUGCUGCUGCCCUGCAAUCGAGCUCGACGACGGAGAAUGCUGCUCAUACGCAGGCUUUGAAUGGUUUUUUCUCGGUCCUGGCUUUGUGUCAUACCGUUCUUACCUCCAUCGAUCACGACACUGGAAAGAUCGAAUACAAGGCGCAAAGUCCGGACGAAGCGGCACUGGUACGUGCGGCGGCGGAAGUAGGAUAUGUCUUCCGUGGCCGUGAUAGAGAAGUUUUGACCUUGCAAACGCCUUUGUCCACCGGCCCUGACGAUGUCGAACGCUAUGAGCUUCUCAACAUCUUGGAGUUCACUAGUGCCCGGAAGAGGAUGAGUGUGGUGCUUCGGAAGCUGGACGAUGCAGACGGCAGACUGUUCCUGCUGACGAAGGGAGCGGACAAUGUUAUCUUUGAGCGACUACGGAAAAGCGGAGAUGAAGCAUUGCGAGAGCUGACCGAGACGCAUCUAAGUGAAUUUGCCAGCGGAGGAUUGAGGACAUUGAUUCUUGCAUAUAAAGACAUCGACGAAGACGAAUAUGCUGCUUGGAGCGAACGUUACCAUGAAGCUACCAUGGCGAUCGACAACCGGGAGGCGCGCAUAGAAACCGUUUCUGACGAGCUGGAACAUGAUUUACGAUUACUGGGCGCCACAGCUAUCGAAGAUAGUCUGCAGGACGGGGUACCGGAAACUAUUGCCGAUCUUAAGCGCGCCGGUAUCAAGGUAUGGGUAGCGACUGGCGACAAGAUGGAAACGGCUAUUGCUAUCGGAAAUAGUACCAACCUGAUCGGUCGAGAGUCCAACAUCAUCGUUAUUAGGGGCGGAAAUAAUCGUUUGCGAUCAGUUUAUCAGCAAAUGCUUCAUGCAGUCGAGGAGUUCUUCCCCGAAUGUGGGAUUCUUGACGAAGAUGAACGCUCUGUGAAAGAGCACAAGUUAGAAUCUCUCUCUUCUAGGGACGAUAAUGCAUUGCGGAGGAUCGAGACGGGACUCUCUUCGAUUGUAGGACCAAACAAUGGUGAUCGGCCCGGUGGAUUCGUUCUGGUCAUUGACGGCGCGGCGUUGGACUAUGCAAGUUCCGAUUUUCUUUCUAUCUGUGCUUUGGGUGAUGAAGAGCACAAAAGCUUAUUCUUGAAACUCACAAUGUUUUGUGAAGGCGUGAUAUGCUGUCGUGUAUCUCCUCUGCAAAAAGCUUUGGUCGUCAGGCUGGUCAAGGAUGGUCUUGGUGCUAUGACUUUGGCUAUCGGGGAUGGGGCAAAUGACGUUAGCAUGAUCCAGGCCGCUGACGUCGGUGUCGGAAUUUCUGGUGAAGAAGGAUUGCAGGCAGUGAACUCUUCGGACUAUGCCAUCGCACAGGCACGUUCAAGCUCAUUCCGAUUCCUUAAACGGCUGCUUUUCGUUCAUGGGUAUUGGUCAUACGCUCGCAAUGGAAACAUGAUUCUGAAUUUCUUCUACAAGAACAUUGUUUGUGUCGGCGUUCUUUGGUGGUUCCAAAUUUAUUGUGGUUGGAGUUCCAACUACGUAUUUGAAUAUACAUAUCUCCUAUUCUGGAAUUCCUUAUGGACUCAAGCAUCUGUUGUUGCCAUCGGUCUUUUUGAUAGAUUAAUAGACGCGGACGUUUUGAUGGCUAUCCCCGAGUUGUAUCGUGAUAGCCGUGAAGGCAAACGGUUUGGCCUUAAAUGGUUGACUGUCUAUAUGUUCGACGGUGUAUACCAGUCUACUGUCAUAUUUUUCCUCAUUCUCUAUGGCUUCUAUUCUCCCACUUCAAGAGCUGAUGGUUACGGCCAAUAUCUCCGAGAAUUCUCAACUACAAUGGUAUUCUCUGCCGUCUUUGUUGUUAACUUUUUCAACGGUAUGAAUACCAAUGUCUGGACCGGUUGGGUGUUCUUCGCUGUCUUCAUCGGUAUCAUUCUCGUAUGGUUGUACACGAUUGUCCGUAGCAUCCUCUCUCUUGAAUGGUUCGCUAACAACAUAUUCCUGUUCAAAUCCGCACUCUUUUGGCUUUCCCUUCCAAUUACUGUGUGCGUUUCGUUGGCACCGAGAUACAUCGCCAAAGCAUGGAAGUUCGGCUUUGCACCUGAUGACGUUGACAUCCUGCGGUACAUACGAAAGGUCCACCCUGACCGAGACUUACGCAGUACGCAUCAUGAGGAGGGUAUUGGCCUACAAGCCAUGAAGAGACCAGUUUAUGGAGAUGACGCGCUUUCAAGACGGACGUCUCGGUCGAGUCACGCCUCCGUGAUUGCUGGACCGUCGAGGCAUGGAUCACAUUCCGCUGUGGACGUUCGGUCUGCCAGUCGAACAGAUAUGUCGACCGGCAUCCGGUCGGUACAUCGUGGAUUUGACUUUGUUACCGAGGAAGGAGGAGUGGCUAUGAGCAGGAUACAGAGUCAUUUGUCGGUGAGGAGGUCGAGUAGUCGCAACCUGACCGAAUUUCCUCGGACGGCUGGUCGACACAAGUCAGGCAAGAAGAGCGUCGACGGGAAGAAGAGUUCUGAUGGACCACCCCACGGUUUCUCGAUACGGAAGGGGCUACGAAAGUUCAGGCCCACAUCUGGUUCUGAAAACCCGUCAUAG